CACCGUACCGUGCCGCCAGCUUGGGCUUCCGGGCCGGGCCGCUGCGCAGGUCCGGAACUACGGCCGCAAAGGACGGCGGUGCCGCCAUGGCGACGGCUUUCAAAACAGUGGAACCGCUGGAAUAUUACAGGAGAUUUUUGAAAGAGAACUGUCGACCUGAUGGGAGGGAGUUGGGUGAAUUCCGAGCAACCACUGUCAACAUAGGUUCAAUUACAACUGCAGAUGGUUCUGCCUUGGUGAAGUUGGGAAAUACUACAGUAAUUUGUGGAGUGAAAGCGGAGCUUGCUGCACCUGCAGUAGAUUCUGCUAAUAAGGGAUAUAUUGUUCCAAAUGUAGAAUUGCCAUCUCUCUGCUCAACGAGGUUUCGCUCCGGACCUCCUGGUGAAGAGGCUCAAGCAGCAAGCCAGUUCAUUGCAGAUGUGAUUGAAAAUUCACAGAUAAUAGCAAAAGAAGAUCUGUGUAUUGCAGAUGGCAAGCUUGCUUGGGUGUUAUACUGUGAUAUCAUAUGUCUGGACUACGAUGGAAACAUCUUGGAUGCCAGUACCUUUGCUUUGUUAGCAGCACUGAAAAAUGUGCAGCUGCCGUCUGUGACUAUAAAUGAAGAAACUGGUUUGUCCGAAGUUGAUUUCAAGCAGAAGAAUCCCUUGGUUAUCAGAAAGCAUCCAGUUGCCACGUCGUUUGCUAUAUUUGAUGACACAUUACUCAUUGUUGACCCAACUGCUGAAGAAGAAGACUUAGCAACUGGAACAGUGACUGUUGUCACAGAUGAAGAUGACAGACUUUGUUCUGUCCACAAACCAGGUGGAAGUCCUCUGACAGGAGCCAAGCUUCAGGACUGUAUCAGCAGAGCCAUUACGAGACACAAAGAAGUAAAGAAGCUGAUAGACAAAGUAAUAAAAAGUAUAAAGCCCAAGUGAACAAAAAGAUCUUUUCAAAAGUGGAUUUAUAAAAAUUGUAUUUGUUACGGUGUUCACAAACCUUUUUAUACUAAAUAAACAAAUACUAAUACUACAUUUACAAAGUUCAUUUUCUUCUAAAACGUUUUUCACCCUUUUGCUAUGUACAGUGCUGCUGAAUGGUAAAAAAUACAAGAUAAAACAUUCUGUUAAAAAAUUAAGUGACUUACGGAAGCCAGACCCCAGCUGCUUUAUUGAUGAAGUCAUUACAUUAUGUAGGAAUGGCUUCCAAGGAGUUCAUCUUUUUUCAGUGUCAUGUCAAAAGUUCAGUUUCCCAACAACACUAUAAAAUACUGAUUUGUUUUUAAGCUUUAUCCUUUUUAAACAGGGAAAAAAAAAAAACAACCC